AUGAGCUAUAGCCCGGCCGCGCUCCCGCUUGGCGCGUCCUGCAGCACCAGCGGCAUGGAGAAGGCCACAAUCUCGGGGCGCUGAUCCUUUUGCCCCUGCCCCAUCAUGACUAGCUCCGCGGCUGACACUCAUCGCUGUCCCCACUCCAAAAGCGCCAAAGGCACCUGGUCCCGGAGCAGCCACGCGCGGCCGGUGAACCUUGCCACCAGUGGGGGCCCGGAGGAGAAGGACAAAGACGGCCGGGUGCUGUUUCACGUGAACAAGGGCGGCUUUCCCAUGGACUGCCACACCUGGGAACGCAUGUGGGUGCACGUGGCCAAGGUGCACCCGAAGGGCGGAGAGAUGGUGGGGGCCAUCAGGAACGCAGCCUUCUUGGCAAAGCCUUCAAUACCCCAAGUCCCAAACUACAGGCUGUCCAUGACGAUCCCGGACUGGCUGCAGGCGAUCCAGAAUUACAUGAAGACACUACAAUAUUUAACCAAUGGGCAGCCUUCCAUUGAGCGAUUCCCCAUCAGCUUUAAAACCUACUUCUCAGGAAAUUACUUUCACCACAUUGUGCUGGGAAUAUACUGCAAUGGCCGCUAUGGCUCCGUGGGCAUGAGCCGGAGGGCUGAGCUGAUGGACAAGCCCCUGACCUUUCGGACACUGAGUGGCCUUGUCUUUGACUUUGAAGACUCCUACAAGAAAUACCUGCACACAGUCGAGAAGGUCAAGAUUGGGCUGUAUGUCCCCCACGAGCCCCACAGCUUCCAGCCCAUCGAAUGGAAGCAGCUGGUCCUCAAUGUCUCCAAGAUGUUGAGGGCUGACAUAAGGAAGGAGCUGGAGAAAUACUCCAGGGACAUGAGGAUGAAAAUCUUGAAGCCUGCAAGUUCCCACUCUCCGACCCAGGUGAGAAGCUGGGGAAAAUCCCUGUCACCUCGAAGGAGACCAGCAAGUCCCCCAAGGAGGCUCGGCAGGCGAGACAAGUCGCCUGCUUUGCCUGAGAAGAAGGCUGUGGAUCUCAGCACCCUGAAUGAAGUGGGCUAUCAGAUCCGAAUCUAUCCCAGCUCCGGAGGCCAGCAAGAGGGUGCUGUGGUACUUCGCUCUGCACUUUCCCCAGUGUCUUCAGGAGGAACCGCAAUUAUUUAUUAAGAACUUGUGAAUUUUAUUUCUAAGGAUUCAUCUGGAAAUAGAAUCUGAGUGGAUGGGAGCAAUUAGCUUUAAAAACUCCUGCAGCAGCAACCAUGAAAAGGCUGAAGAAUAAACCCUACUGGGGUUGGACUGUCUCCCUCCCUCACAAUCUCAAGGAUAACAAACACGAACUGGAGUUUUAUACCUUUUCAUUUACAUUCUUUUCCUGGCUUUGAACAUCAUGCCUCACCAGAAUGGCAGAGUCCUCUCUCCCACUUUUCGUAUAGUAAGAUCACUCAGUCAGUAUUAAGUCUUUUUCAGCAAUAACAGAAGCAAAGAUGGGUGGGUUUUUUUUAAGCAAUUAAUAUUACCUCAGCAUUUUUACAUCAGAUAUGCAAACUCAAUGAAGUUUAUAUAUAUAUUCUAUUUGUAUUGUUUCCCCCACUGUUUCCCAUGGGAAUUUCUACAAGUUUGGGAUUUCUUCCUGGUGCACACACGUGAUGAGAUUUAAAGUGUUAUAUGCAAGCGUUUUACACAGAAGCACUAACAUUCUUCUGACAAUACUGGAAACCAUUUUUAGGGUCUUGGAGUUACUUUGUAAUCUUCCUUAAAGUGUUCAGUGAUGGCAGUUUCUUUUGUUGUUUGUUUUUGUUUUUUGCAGAACCAGGGAUUGAACUCAGGCCCUUGCGCUUGCCAGGCAAGUGCUUAUCCUACUGAGCCAUCUUGCCGGCCUUCUUUUCUUACAAAACAAGCACAUUCAGAAGCCAGUCUAGUUCUGUCAGGUACAUUUGAACUUUGCAGAGUCCAGCGAAAAGCACAAAGGGUCAUGCACUUGUCAACACAGGCUCACAGUGCUGUGAUCACCUCGGAUGUGACACAGGCAGAGGGCGGGAGCGAGCCAGGGGUUUUGGAAACCUUUCUGUUCACACUUCAUCUGAUUUCUACACUCAAGUCAGGCUCUGAUUCUGGAGGGCUUGCUGUUAAACAGGUUCUGAUGUCUUAUAUUAAGGCCUAAUGUGAUAUGUGAUACCUCCAGUAUCUCAUGCUUUUUGGUGUCAUACUUCAGGACAUUUACAAAGUACUGGAAAAUAUUAGAGAAUAAUUUUUUUAAACAGAAAUCAUCUUA